AUGAUGAAGUUUUUGGUUGCAGGCAGUGUCGCGGUUUCUGUCUGGUGGAUUCCGCAAGAAAUAGAAGCGAUGAGAUUAGAUCCUGAACGACUUGCAGCUCGAUUACGUAUCGAACAAGAAAUCCAAAUGGAUAAUUUAUUGAAAAUGGGUCGUAAUCGACGUCAGCUUGCUACACCUAAAGAAAUUUCCAUCUCAGUUAGUAAUAAUAUUUGA